GUUCAGUCUGAAAUGAGCCAAACUCUAAACAGUGCAAUGUGCUUGAUCAUGCUGUGUAAUUCAUAACCACGUUGUUAUUCUCGUUUAUAUGAGGAGUUAAAGGCUUAAGACGUGAGUGAGUUCACCUCAGUAAACUAGUUUAGUUCGUUCGACAGGGUUUUUACCUUGAGAGCUGAUUUUGACGGCCAUGUCAUCGGAAACUAUUCUCACUGUGCGCCUUGUUCGCUCUUUUGAACAUCGCAACUUCAAGCCAGUGGUGUUCCGAGGUGUCAGUUUAGAUCAGAAAGUCGAGGAGUUUAUUGCUUUUGUAAAGAAAGACGUUUCAUCCAGGGAUGGUUUGCCCCUACCUUUUAAAAAAUAUAAUUAUGACACCAUGAAGAUCAUUCAUCAAGCACAUGGAGCAAAGACUAACGAACUGGUGAUGAGUUUAGAGGAUGACGAAAAACUGAUUCUGCAAAAUGGCCUUGAUUUGCGAGAAUGUGGUAUAGCCAAUGAAACAGAAAUAGCCUUCUUCAAGAUGAGUGACUAUGAAAAGUACAAGGCCAAUCCUCAGACUGUGUGGUGAGACACAAGAAAGUGACGUGAGGGAAUCCUGAUGUGUUUUUAUUUAGAAGAAUCAGUGCAACAUCCUGAGCAGCUUCAUGUCUACUUGCGUUUGCAUUGUCCAGGAUCAGCCAGACUGAAAAUGGUGUUUUUAAUUUUAUUCCAGUUUCUUCAAGUCAGUUAAAAAAAAAAACUUUUUCAUCAGGAUUAAUUUUAGAGAGACAUGAUUUAAGUUCCAUAAUUUGGACAAAUUGAAUACAGGAGAGGUUGUUUUUUUUUUUUUUUUUUUUUUGGUAUGGCUUGCACCAUUUCACAGUAAUGUAUGCACUGCCAGAUAUAUAUUAACAUUAUUUACCAGUAUAAAAAUGUUUCAUGUUUUAAUACCACCUGUUUUCUUUUAAUUACUUAUCAGUCAGCGGUGCAUGUGA